CCCACUGCCAGUGCCAUGGUGCGUCCCCGCACGUAUUUUGACAUUGCGCACGGAAAUGAGGUCCUCGGCCGAGUGAUAUUCGAGUUGUACUCGGACUCGGCUCCCAAGACCAGCGAAAACUUUCGGGUGCUAUGUACGGGUGAACAAGGCGUCUCGCCGAUAUCAGAACGUCCCUUAUACUACAAGAACUCUAUCAUACAUCGUUCAAUAAAGGAUUUCAUGAUUCAAGGAGGAGACUUUACAAAGCGGAAUGGCACAGGAGGCGAGAGUAUAUAUGGUGGACCUUUCCCGGACGAAGACCUAUCCUUACCGUUGGACUCCGAAGGCCUCUUAUGCAUGGCUAAUAAAGGACCGAAUACGAACAAUUCCCAGUUCUUCAUAACCCUGCGGCCAUGUCCUCAUCUGAAUGGCAAACAUGUCGUGUUCGGCAAGGUUAUCCGUGGGUAUGAAGUAGUUCAGAAGAUUGCGGAGCUGCCGACCGAUGAGAAGGAUCGGCCUCUUACACCUGUCGUCGUCGUGAAUUGCGGGGAGCUCGAGUUGCGCAGAAAGUCCACAGCCUCGAAAGACGAAGUCGCACCCAAGGCCGAAUCACGAAAGGAAUCUGACGAAGAGGCACUCAGGAAACAUCGACGCCACGACUCCCGUUCCCGUUCCCCGGACUCUCUCCGCAAGAAGAAGUCCAAGCGGCGCAAGCACAGGAAACGAUCAGUUUCAACCCCGCCCUCCAAAGAUGAUCAUGCAGCGCAAUCGACCGAUACCUUAGACCACGCCCCUCCUCAAGAAACCGAAGAAGAGUACGACGCGAGACUGGAAAGGGAGGAGAAGGAGCGUCUAGAGGCUGCCCGAAGAAGGGAACUUGAAAGAAUACGCGAACAGUACGAGGAGCAAAACACAAGGAAUGGAGUACGCUUCAAGGGGCGUGGUCGUAUGAAGUACGUCGACCCAGAGCUACGGAGGGGUGCCGAUGAGCGGUGAUGGAAUAGUGACCAGAAGAUUCCAAACUCCGCAC